AUGGGAGGCAGCGCUGAAUCCCCGAAGCUAUCAGAUCUGGCGAAACAUGAAGUGUUGCUGAAACUGGACAAUCUUCAACCAGCUGGUUCUUUCAAAAUAAGAGGUAUUGGAAGACUAGUUCAAAAGGCAAAACUUGAUGGAAAGAAAACCGCAGUGGCUUCGAGCGCUGGAAACGCAGGAAUGGCCGCUGCUUAUGCUUGUGCAAAGAGUGGUCUUCCCUGUUCUGUUUUCCUGCCGAAAUCGACGCCGGACUUCGCAGCGGCGAAUAUUUCCGAACACGGGGCCGAGGUCAUUUAUCACGGCGAAAUCUGGGACGAAGCGAAUGAAGAAGCGAUGAAAAAGCUGGUCGAUGACUCGGUUUUGUACAUUCAUCCGUUCAACCACCCGGUUAUUUGGGAAGGGCACGCUUCUUUGGUUGAUGAACUUGUGACUCAGCUAAAGGGGAAGAAGCCAGGGCUGGUUAUUUGCGCCGUUGGCGGAGGAGGACUGUUGAUGGGCGUGCUAAUUGACGUGCCCGUGCUUGCCAUGGAAACGAACGGAACUGAUAGCCUGAACCAAUCGAUGAAAACUGGAGUUCUCGCCACUUUGCCGGCCAUCGACUCGAUCGCCAAAUCUCUGGGCACCAAGUCGGUCGCUGCUGAAGUGUUUGAAGCCGCAAAAUCGUAUCCUGGAGGAGUCAUUUCCAAAGUCUGCCACGAUACUGAAGCUAUUCAGAGCGUCAAAAACUUCCUGGCGCAUCACAAAUUCUUCGUCGAACCUUCUUGUGGAGCCGCUCUUGCCGCGACUUAUUUCGCUGACAAAUAUCUGAGCGAUAUUCAAAUCGGAGAAGGGCCGAUUGUCAACGUCGUUUGCGGUGGAAGCUCUGUUUCCUACGAGAUGAUUUCGUAUUGGGAGGAAAAUGCGAAGUCCUAA